AUGAAUGGUCUUCAUGAACCAGAUUACUCUGACUCUGAGUUUGUUGAAGUCGAUCCAACUGGGAGAUAUGGCAGGUACAAUGAAAUCCUCGGCAAAGGAGCCUCAAAGACAGUUUACAGAGCAUUUGAUGAGUACGAAGGGAUUGAAGUUGCUUGGAACCAGGUCAAGCUUUAUGAUUUCCUGCAAAGCCCUGAAGAUCUUGAGAGGCUUUACUGUGAAAUUCAUCUCUUAAAGACAUUGAAGCACAAAAACAUUAUGAAGUUCUACACUUCCUGGGUUGAUACUGCAAACAGAAACAUCAAUUUUGUGACUGAAAUGUUCACUUCUGGGACUCUUAAGCAGUACAGGCUAAAGCACAAGCGAGUUAACAUCAGAGCAGUUAAGCAUUGGUGUCGGCAGAUCUUGGGAGGGCUUCUGUAUCUACAUAGUCAUGAUCCUCCUGUGAUCCAUAGAGAUCUCAAGUGUGACAACAUCUUUAUCAAUGGAAACCAAGGGGAAGUGAAGAUAGGUGAUCUUGGUUUAGCAGCAAUCUUAAGGAAAUCACAUGCCGCUCACUGUGUUGGGACACCAGAGUUCAUGGCUCCAGAGGUGUAUGAAGAGGCAUAUAAUGAGCUAGUUGACAUUUAUUCAUUUGGGAUGUGCGUUUUGGAAAUGGUCACUUUUGAAUAUCCAUAUAGUGAAUGCACUCAUCCUGCUCAGAUCUACAAGAAAGUUGUUUCUGGUAAAAAACCAGAUGCUUUGUACAAAGUAAAAGAUCCUGAAGUACGACAAUUCGUUGAGAAAUGCUUGGCAACUGCAUCAUCAAGGCUCUCUGCAAGGGAGCUUUUGAACGACCAAUUUCUCCAAAUCGAUGAAUGUGAAUAUGAUUUGAGACCAGUAGAUUAUGGCAGGCAGAUAGAUGACAUGGGUCCUCUUUUAAGGCAGCCUCUUUUUGAGCUUCAUCGAAGCAACAGUUCCUUUAGUAAUGGAUACUCAAAUGGUUUUGGUUAUGAUUCCCAAAAUGAAUGGGGGUAUCAUCCUGUUGAUGCCGAGUCAACUGGAAUUGAACUCUUUGAGCACCAUGACGACGAACAUUCUGAAGAUGUUGACAUAAGUAUUAAAGGGAAGAGAAGAGAAGAUGGUGGCAUCUUUUUGAGACUUAGAAUUGCAGAUAAAGAAGGUCGUAUCCGGAACAUCUAUUUCCCAUUUGACAUUGAGACAGAUACAGCAUUUAGUGUGGCAACCGAAAUGGUUGCAGAAUUGGAUAUCACAGAUCAGGAUGUAACCAGAAUAGCAGAUAUGAUUGAUGGGGAAAUUGCUUUGUUGGUACCCGAUUGGCAGCCAGGGCCAGGAAUAGUGGAAACACCCCGAUAUGCUAACCAAGGCUUCUGUCACAAUUGUGCUUCCAAUCACACCUCUAGUGGUUCCAUGAUGGAGUUUCUGUCAAACAACCCUAGUGCCAAGAACUUGCAAGUUCUUCAAUGUUGUAAACAAGGAUGUGCUUCAAUGCAUGGCCGUUUUGAGGAGAUUACAUACCAAGCCGAUGAGUCUGAGCAUCAUGUGACAGAGGGUGCACCAAAUGAAUCAAGCCAAUUGGAUUGCCUUCAUUACCAAGAAAUUUGGGGACAGCACGAAAGUCGCGAACUUAGUUCAAUAGGCUCUGGACAGAGUCAUUCUGAUGGAGAAUAUGAAAAAUUGGAUCUUUUAGUCACGGUUGAGGAUGAGCAAGAUCUUGAAUUGGAAAGCAAUCCUGCAUCCCAUGCAGGAAAUUCUACAAAAAAUUUAUCCGGUUCACAUUCUUUUUCUAUGAUCCAUUCAACUUACCAUGACCUCUCAGACACUCAUGAGAAUGAAAUUCAGGAGUUUAGAUGGCUCAAAGCAAAGCACCAGAUGGAGCUGAGGGAACUUAGAGAUCAGCAGAUAAGACUUGUUUCAAAAUCUUCAGAUAAUGGAAGAAAAGAACACGAAUUAGCUAACGGGGUCUUGUCAUCUUUGGUAUCAAGCACAUUACAAGGACUCAACAAUGUGAUGCUCUCAAAAUCUUGCGCUUAUGAUCGAAGAAAUUUAAGUCCCAAUUUCCAUGCUAAUCUCAAUAAGAACUGCGAGGCAAUGGAGUCUCCUAAUGCUGAGGAUGAGGUCACUGGCAAGAGUUUCUGCACAGGAUCAUUGCUUCCUCAGUCUCUUCGCAGGACAGUUUCUCUCCCAGUUGAUGCAGUUGAUGUAUAA